CCAUUUUGACCUAAAAUGCCGUGAACUGUAGAGCAAGGUCACUAAAAUGGUGACACAGGUUGUUCCUUACUUCACUCCCUCUCACAAGAAGAAUAACUAUCACCUAUUUAUGAGCAAGACAUCACUAAGAGAAUCCUAGCAUCAGUGGGUGAGGAUGAUGGAGCCCCUGCACCUCAGAGCCCAAAUAGACUGGAAGGAGAUGGAGGAAACAGCCAGAGGACUAGAAGUGGAGCCUGAAGAUGUGUCUGAAUGGCUGCAAUCUCAUGAUCAAACUUUUACGGAUGAGGAGUUGUUUCUUAGGGAUGCGCAAAGUAAGCGGUUCCUUGAGGUGGAAUCUACUCCCAGUGAAGAUGCUGUGAAGACUGAUGAAAUGACAACAAAGGAUUUACAGUAUUACAUGAACUUAGUUGAUAAAGCAGCUGCAGGGUUUGAGAGGAUCUGACCCCAGUUUUGAAAGGAGAUGUACUGUGGGUAAAAUGUGAUGGAACAGUAUUCCCUGCUACAGAGAUAUCAUUUGUGAAAGGAAGAGCCAAUUGAUGAGGCAAAUUUUGUUGGCUUAUUUUAAGAAAUCACAGCCACGCCACCCUUCAACAACCACCACCUUUAUCAGUCAGCAGCUAUCAACAGUGAGGCGAGAUCCUUCCCGAGAAAAAAAGAUUAUGACUUGCUAAAGUUGAGGUGAUAGUUAGCAUUUUGUUUUAGCGAUAAAGUACUUUUAAAAUAGGAAAUGUACAUUGUUUUUUAAGACACAAUACUAUUGCAUACCUAACAGAUUAUGGCAUAGUGUAAACCUAACUUUUACGAGUACUGGGAAACCGAAAAAAUGAUUUGACUCACUUUAUUGCAAUAUCUACUUUACCGCAGUGCUCUGGAGCUGAACCCACAAUAUCUCCAAGGUAUGCCUGUAGAAGGAAACACCUUCAACCUGAUGAAGGGUAUCUAUGAAAAUCCUAAGCUAGCUUCAUGUAUUUAAUUGUGAAAGAUAGGAUGCUUUCCCUCUGAGUUCAGGAAUAAGACAAAAAUGUCCACUCUAAUCACUGCUAUUCAACAUUUUACUGUAGUUUAUUUCCAGAGUAUUAGGUAAGAGAAAGAAAGAAAAAAAAAACUUAUUUUCAAAAGGAAGAAGUAAAUCUAUCUCUGUUUGCAGAUGAUGUGACCUGUCAUAUAAAGUCCAUGCAAAAAUAAUUAAAAGCAUAAACAAGCCCUUCAAGUUUGCAGGAUAUAAGAUCAAUAUGAAUAAUCAAAUGCUUUUCUACAUACAUGCAAUAUAAACAGUCUUAAAGCUUAAUACUGUAUAAUUCCAUGUACAGUAGCAUUAAAAAGAAAAAAAAUACUUAGAAAUAAAUUUCACUAAGAGAAUGCAAAUGUAUACACAGAGAACUAUAAAACAUUGCCGAAUCAUACUAGAGAUCAAAUUAAAUGGAAAAAAAUCUCACGGAACAGAAAACUUAUCAUAAGAUGGCAAUAUUCCCCAAAUUAAGAUACAGAUUCAGUGCAAUACUAUUGAAACUCCAGUUGACUUCUUUGUAUAAACUGAAAGCCGAUUAUAAAAUUUCAUAAGGAAUUUUAAGGGGUACAAAAUAGCCAAAUCAAUCUUGAAUAAAAAGAAUAAAGUAGGAGAAUGUGGAA